AUGCUGUCCGGCUCAAAAGAAGGCACGCCGGAAAACUCUGGAUCGCCUCACGGCGCAAAUUUGCAAGACCGCUGCACCUCAAUAACGCGUCAAGUGUCGUCAAACAGCGCAUUGCGAACGAACUUGAUCAUCUGCAAUGUCACGGUCUGGCUUAUUGAUGAUGACCUCACCUGCAGUUCCAACUAUAUCGCAGAACCAGAUGAGCUUUGGGAAGGAAGCAUGCAGGCACGAAGCCGAUAUCACUUGCAGUGUCGGCUGCUGUACUCUUGGACCUACAUCCUGACGGUAGCGGGUUCUUUCAGUCUGGUUCGAACUUUGUUGCUAGCCAUUCCUGUUCGGAAUCCAAACCACUGGACUAUCAAAUACUCCCCGGGUUCCCCUAUGGAUCGCAUUUUGACGCCGUCUCGAGUCUAUUUUCUGCGCACUAUCUUCUCGUUCAUUGCGGGUGUCUUAUACCUCGUGUGCGUGACCAUACUAGCGUCCAGCGGUCUCAUAAGAGGACCUCCCGCAGACGAGGCGUAUCGAAUCAUGUACUCGAUUUGUUUGGUCAUCUCACCCCCACGUCGCGGUUUCUCGGUGGCACGUGUCAGCGUGGACCACGUCGCCCGGCAGCGGAGCUCCCAGAACGGACGCGUGCCGCCCUACCCGAGUGUCUGUUUAUGUAACGAAAAAGGCGGCGAUAUCCACUAUUCGUCCUCGAAAGUUCUCAUGGUGGUGGAUCCGUAA